UUACUCAAUUCCCAUUCCUAAAAGAAUCUAGUAGGAAGGCUAUAAGAAACUUUCUCUCACUAAUCUUUCUUAUUUGCCAGCUUAGAUUUUAAGUUGCUUCUUGGCUACCAAAAUGCCUAGACAGAGUAACUGACAAGAAUUCAACCAACAGGUAGUUUGACCAGACCUGGAGGGAGGAUUCCUUCAAAGUUACCAUCCUCAAAGGAUUGGCUAAAAGCAAGCAACUGGCUUGAACACCCUAAGAAGAAAUAUUCACACUGCACCAGGAGACAUCAGAAAGAAUGAAAACUCUGCCGCUGUUUGUGUGCAUCUGUGCACUGAGUGCUUGCUUCUCAUUCAGUGAAGGUCGAGAAAGGGCUCACGAACUACGUCACAGAAGGCAUCAUCACCAUUUACCCAAACCUCACUUUGAAUUACCACAUCAUCCUGGACUGCCAACUCACCAGAAGCCACACAUUAUAAAGCCCCAUAAAUGUCUAUACAAACGCUGUAGGCCUAGGCCUCCACCUUCAGUUCAUAACCCCCACAAAUUCCCAAAUCCUCCCCAGCCAUCUAAACAUCCAGAUACUAGCAGUGUGGUCAACCCUACCUUAGUGGCUACAACCCAAAUUCCAUCUGUGACUUCCCCAUCUGCUUCCACCAAAAUCACUACCCUUCCAAAUGUGACUUCUCUUCCUCAGAAUGCCACCACCACAUCUUCAAGAGAAAAUGUUAACACAAGCUCUUCUGUAGCUACAUUAACACCACCGAAUUCCCCAGCUCAACAAAACACCACAGCUCCCCCACCCACACCUUCUGCAACUACAGCAGCUCCACCACCUUCCUCAGCUCCACUGACCACAGCUGCCCCACCCACACCUUCUGCAACUACAGCAGCUCUACCACCUUCCUCAGCUCCACUGGAGACCACAGCUGCCCUACCCACACCUUCUGCAACUACACCAGCUCCACCACCUUCCUCAGCUCCACUGGGGACCACAGCUGCCCUACCCACACCUUCUGCAGCUACACCAGCUCCACCACCUUCCUCAGCUCCACCGGGGACCACAGCUGCCCUACCCACACCUUCUGCAACUGCAGCAGCUCCACCACCUUCCUCACCUCCACCGGGGACCACAGCUGCCCUACCCAUACCUUCUGCAACUGCAGCAGCUCCACCACCUUCACCAGCUCCACCGGAGACCACAGCUGCCCCAAUCACCACACCUAAUUCUUCCCCAGCUACUCUUGCACCUGCCACUUCUGAAACUUCAGCUGGACCCACACACCAAACCACUAUUUCAGUCACUACUCAAACUACUACUACUAAACAACCAACUUCAGCUCCCACUCAAAAUAAAAUUUCUCGAUUUCUUUUAUAUAUAAAGAAUCUACUAAACAGAGUUAUUGAAGACAUGGUGGAGCAAUAGUAUAUGUUGUAAAGUGUUCUGUCAUUUAUAAGAUGUGAUUUAUGAGUGCAGAACUACCAUCUUUACUUUUAGCACCAAUCCCAACAUGAAAUUAUAUUAUUCAGAUUUAAAGCACUAUGACUAAUCUUUCAAUCUAAUUAUUCACCACCACAAGACCUAUUAACAAGACAAAAUGCCUCUAUCCCACAAGCCAGGUGCAGGUCCAAGGUUCAAAAAUCACUUUUUGGAACCUACAGAGAUAGCCCGCUGAGGGCAGAGAAAGUCUUUAGAUAAAGAGAGAAUAUUAUAUGGGCCAUCAAUCAUUUACUUUUUCCUAAAUGUUGGAAACUACAAAAUCACUACCUUGUACCCCCAUCAAAAUCCCACCUGAACCAUCUAAUCCUAUAAACAUAAGGGGGUAAAAUUGGAUCUCUCCAGAUGAACAAAAACAUCUAAAUAUCUGUAGACGGAAACUUUAAUCUAAAUCUAUCGAUAGACCUAUCGUCAUAUUGUUGAUUAAUGACAAAACCCUUUAGAUAAUUAUCUUUAAUUUUAAAUAAAAUUUUCACAAAGUGUGAGCCAAGAAAGGGGAAAUUUGAUUUGAAGUGAGGAUUAGAAGUGAAUGACAAUAAAGUCUGGCAGCCAAGCAUGAACCAAGACUGGCACUGUUUUUCUUAGUGUAUGUAAUUGUUUAAACUGCAAAGUUGACAUUUAUUGCAUUGUGUCUAAGUUAAUUUCGAUCCAAUGUACUUGAUUCUAGCCUCUGUGAACAACAAGAAUACAUUUUUGUAUGUUCACAUGGUGCUCAUAAUAUUUCACUAUCAAUUCAAUUAAUUCACAUAAAUUCCAUGUGAAAUGUAUUCAACAAUGGAAUAUUUUCUAAAACAUUUAGUGUACAUUUGAAUGUAUUUUAAACCAUGCCAAACUAUUACUUUAAUGUCAAGUUUGCAGAAUUGUCUCUGAAAAUAAAAACCCUGACUUUAGUUGUAAAAGAAUAAAAAUUAGCUACUUGGUAUACGGAGAUGUUCAUUUGGGAUGUGGAAGCAUUUUUAUCUUGUCACUGCUACUUAAAACUCUGAUGAUUAUGUUAGAUUUUUUUGCUAACUAAUAAAGAUUUCAAAUGGCAA